AGUUGUGAAUACUCUUAGCAUCAGCAGCCCUAUAUUGUGUGUGUGUUGUUUCCUUUUAUUUAUUUAUCCGUUUAUUGAAUGCAACAAUGCAAUCUUAGCAAUUUAAGUAUACAUAGAUAUAGGAAAAACCACAAUGUAUACAUUGCUGCACGGCUUCUACAAAUAUCUCACACAAAAAGACGAAUACUGCGUCGUCAUUUUGGGCUUGGACAAUGCGGGCAAAACGACGUACCUGGAGGCGGCAAAGACAAAGUUCACAAAGAACUACAAAGGCUUAAAUCCGGCCAAGAUCACAACAACAGUGGGCCUCAACAUUGGCACCAUCGAUGUGCAAGGCGUACGCCUGAACUUCUGGGAUUUGGGUGGCCAACAGGAGCUGCAAUCACUGUGGGACAAAUACUAUCAGGAGUCGCAUGGCGUUAUUUAUGUGAUAGAUUCCAAUGAUCGCGAUCGCAUGGACGAAUCCAAGCUCAUAUUUGAUAAAAUGAUCAAGAAUGAGUUGCUGUCGGGCGUGCCGCUUUUAAUACUGGCCAACAAACAGGAUCUGCCCGAUGUGAUGGGCGUGCGUGAGAUUAAACCAGUAUUCCAACAGGCUGGCGCAUUAAUCGGACGCCGUGAUUGCCUCACAAUACCAGUCUCAGCGCUCACGGGCGAAGGUGUCGACGAGGGCAUCAAAUGGCUAGUGGAGGCCAUUAAACGGCAUGCUUUAGUGCGACCGCCACGUGAAAAUGAUUGAGCAACGAAUGAUUCCAGUCUAAUAUAAUAUAAUAUAAUACACACACACACAGAACACAGAACAGAGACGAUCUUGUACAGUAGCCACUUGGCCUUAGGAUAAUCAUGUAUCAAAUACAUAACAUAUAUUUUUAUUAAUGGAUAAACAUGCACCAUACAAGUAUCUAAAACUGUAGGCCAAUGACGAGAGCAUGAAGAGAGCGUUGAAUGCGGAUUUCACCUGUCAAUGACUCUCAUCAAAGCUUAUCAGUGACGCCUUUUGCUUAUCUAAAAAAAA